CGGGGAGUCACGUGACGGCAUCGUCCGCCGCGCUGCUGACGUCAUUCAGCGGCUGGACGACCUCGUCGGCAUGGCAACCGCGACGCCACCGUCCCCCACCAGGAGGCAGCACGGACAGGAGAAGUCGACGUCGCCGCAAUCCACUCCUCUUCCUCCUCCUCGGCAGCAUCGAGGUCAACGAGAGGUCAAGGUCGGCGGAGGGAGGACGCGACCUCCUGUUCCGCUGAGACCUUCAAACAUCGCGUCGCCGCCACCGAUUCCACCCGCCGAUCUCUGGUCGCCAGGGGGCGCCGCCAGAGCGGACGGGUGGAGCGGCUGGGGCGACAAGAGGUCGUCGGCAGGUGGCGCCAUGGGGCCGCGGAGUCCCGUGGGGAGAGAUCCGGAGUACGCCGUCGUUCACAAACACGGAUCGAGACUGCCGUCCGUAGAUGGGGCUCCAGAAGAACAGGCCGCGUCCGGCGGCGGCAGGCGUGCAAGCGCGCUGGGUGACGUCACGACGCAUGGCGGCGGUGAUGACGUCACACCCCUGCCGGCAGCGCGGCGGAAACGCGCGAGUCGGACGCGAGCUGACGGCGACGAUGAUGACGCUGCUGACGGAUACAUGUGCAUCGCUGACCUCCCGGUGACCCCGCACGCGAGGCAAGAUGGCCGCACGAGAUAUACAUCUGUGAGGAAGAGCCGGGCGACUCUCUGUUCCCAGGAUACGGACGAUGUCUGGUCCGACGACGAAUUCUCUAACGACGAGGACGACGAGACAGUGGCGCCCCCUGUUCCCAUCAAAACAGGAGCCGUGCUGGAAGCUGUCG